GGAACAAUACUUUCUGUAAUUUGUCUUAGUUUCUGGUAAUUUGCUUAAACACAACUUUAUUGAGGAAUAUGCUCCACAUGCGCCCACUAUAAACUAAUAUAGUAAAGGUUUUAUAGAUGUUGGCACAGGGCGCCUCCACAGGACAGGGCCAGAUUAUUAGCUAAUAAUGCAGGACCCACCUUAGUUGAUACUGUGCUUUAGUGGUGCAAACAACUUAUCAGAUUUCUAAUUGAAUCACAUUUACCAGGACCACUUGAGACGGAUGAAAGGAAUAAUGGAACAAUAUGUAGAGUUAGUCAUUUAAUUAACCACAUAAAAAGAAACUCAUGCAGAGAAUUUUUUUUCUACAGUUUCAUCCUCCAGUCCAGUAGGUGGCGCUAUCUUAAUACCGGGAGGAAAGCAUGUCAGAUAGUCUGUAUCCUUAUAUAAUAAAUUCAAUUGUAAAUUUAUAAAAGAUAGAUACAAAAUAAAUAUCGUGACACAUUUUUACAAAUAAUAAAUAUACAGUAUAUAGGAACGAAGUUAUUAUAGACGAUUUAUUAAAUCCAGACUCUGGUCAAGCCCAAACCUGAAGAGGAACUUGGUUGCCUAGCGACCAGUGGACGUGUAGCGUUAGCUAGCUAGCUAGGCAAUCUGCUAGCACAUGGAUUAUGCCCCAUAAGACAGCGAAUAAAUGCCACCAAAAAGAAAAGGACCUUUGCAACUUGUCCAGAGAGAAGUGGACGAAAUCAAAAAACAGGUUGACAGUCUGGUGAAGGAUGUGCGGAGUCGGCGCGAACCCACUGAAGAGGCAUUUCGGAGAUGUCAAGAGCUGCAGAUGUCGGCAGAGAAGACACUACGGACGCUGAAGAAACUGACAAAGGCUGAUGAGCCAGCUCCGGUGGGAAACUACGAUCAGAGGAAACUGGAAGAGGAGAGACGCCUGCAGAACAACUUGGAGCAUCUGAACACGCUCUCUCUGGAGCUUUCACCACCGGGACCGAGCACUGCUGCAGGUGAUGUUUCAAAAGAAGAUAGUGAGGAUGAUGAUGAUGAAGACAGUAACGAUGAUGAUGAUGAUGAUGAGGAUGGUGAUGAGGAUGAAGAUGAGAAGCGAGCUGUGAAACCGCCCUCUCAGUCAGACUCUCGCAUCUACACAGCCCUCAGUGAUUUCAAAGGAGAGCAGGAAGGAGAUCUGUCUGUUCAGAGGGGAGAGGUAUUGAGGAUUAUCAGGAAGACAGCAGAUGGAUGGUGGCUGGCUCAGGAUACUAAGGGCAACAGAGGAGUGGUUCCAAAAACCUACCUGAAGAUUGGCUCUGGUGUUGACGAUGAAGAAGACAAUGACGACGAUGACCAGGACGACGGUGAUGAAGAUGAAAAUGAGGAGGAGUCAUCAGAGGAGCAGGAAGAGCAAGAUGAAGAUGAAGAACUGACUGAUGACCGUGACAAACAGAGCAGGGCUUCACAUUCCAACUGGUCUACUGUGAGAAAGGCUCUGACUGAGAUUGAUGCAACAGAUGUGCUCUCUGCCAUGGGGGCUAUACCUUCAGGGUUCAGACCAUCAACUCUCAAUAAACUGCUGGUGGAGGAAGGUGUAACAUACAGAGGAAGUCACCAUAUUCAGCCUAAGCUCAGCCAAUCACAGCUCUCGUUUAAAGACCUCUUUCUGGACCCAGACACUGGCAGGGUUCGUGCGCGGCAGGUCCGGACUUGUGUCUGUUUCACUUUGUGGAGCUGCAGGAUGAUUCCCACCCCUGGGGUUGGAGUUCAGGUUCUCAGUAGACACGUCCGCCUCUGCGCCUUUGAUGGAACUCAGGUGCUGAGUAACAUCCACACAGUGAGGGCAACCUACAACUCCAAGAGCCCCAAGACCUGGAGCUUCUCUCCAAGGAUGACAGGUAUCCUACCCACCCUCCUAGACGGAGACUGUUUCCUACGCUGCGACUCUGCGUCUCCUGACCUCGGUAUCCUCUUUGAACUGGGAGUCACCUUUAUACGGAAUUCUACAGGUGAGAGAGGAGACCUGAGCUGUGGCUGGGCUUUCCUCAAACUGACCGAUGACACUGGAAAUCCAAUCCCCAAUAGGACCUAUGAGUUGCCAGUGAACGGUGGCACUCCCUAUGAGAAGGAUGUAGCAGUGGAGGCUUCAGUCCCCAGAGGAUCUCCAGCUGGUGUUUUCCAGCAGAUACUGCAGGCCAGGCGGCAGCCUAAACUGAUUGUAAAGUUGAAAUCAGCCAACAGCCGGACCAGAACGCAGCUCAGUCUCCUCCCAGACACUCUGCUGCACUGUUUGAGCUGCAUCCACCUGCUGGCUCUGCACAGACAGCUGCUAGCUGAUACACUACUGAUGGACAGGCCGACCAUGCAGAAUGCAGAUCUGAUAUGCAGUCCUAUACUUUCUACCUUCCCUGUGCUGUUGGACCAACCAGACCUGCUGGAUGCCCUCAGGGGUGCCUGGUUGGAUGCUGACACCAAUAUGAGCAGAGCACAGAAGAGAGACUCGUCUGUUCUGAAACAGGAGUUUGUUAAAGUCUACAUGUCGUCCGUCUAUUUCCUCCUUCACUCGCCCUCGCUGCCCUGUCAUCGCUGGGCUGACCCUCCCUCAGAGGAGCAGCGGGCCAGAGUCAUUUACGCCACCCUGGAUUCUCUCAAACACGCCCAGCACACCACGAGCCUAUCAGGUGGUCUAGAGGUUUUUGUUGACCCUAAGCACUCUCAUCAAGCCUUUGAUGUCACAGAGCUGACCUUUGACCUCCUUCAAGUAGCACGGUAACGAUUACAUCACAUCACUCAGAGGGAACGUAAAAUUUUAUUGAAGUUAAUUAAAUUUUUAUAUAAAAAAUGUAUAUUUAUUGUAUUUUAGACAUAAGUUUGGUCUAUUAGAAAGAAUAAAGCCUCUAAAUAUGCCAUAAACGCAUUUUGGAACAUUUUUAAAAUAUGUAAACUUAAACGAUAAAGAUGGCGAUGUUCUAUAUUUUUAAUAAAUCCUAUGAAAAGACUAAAAGCAACAGUAGGUUAGUCAACUUCUCAGUACUUUCCAACUUCCUCACCCUAUCGGUGGCUCUCAGUCAGAAGCCCACUGGUUCCUGCUGAAAAUGUAAAUCUUUAAGAAAAAAAAAGGAUCAUGAAUUGAUACUUGAAUUUUUAAAAAAGGCCAAAAUAAAUUUCUAAAAUACCUGGGCACUAUGGUUUUUAGCAAAUGGUACUCAAAUAGAAGUAAAUUUUGCAUUUGUUGGGGACUAUUUUAAGCUGUGGAUUAAUAUACAAUUUCUGCUCCGUUGAGUAUUUAUGGCAGCAGGACGGUGUGUGUGGGACUGACUCAAAAUAAACUGCACUGCCUAUGUACAUUGCGCAAUGUUGUGGCUCACUUGUGUGUUUUCAAGACUUUUUUAAGUAACUGAGCACUAUGGCACACAUGAAUAAAUUAUAUCAGGCUUUGGAAACACAGGCAUUACAUGUUAGAAUCACUACAUUGUUGGUUUUGGUCUUAUGAUGGGAUUUUUUUGACAAUAAUAAAAAUACAUAACAUCACCAUACCUAUCCUUUAAGUACGUAACUGUGACGAUACUCCUCUCCUCUACUCUGCAUUGUGACGGGAAAGGAAGUGGUCUCAGCUUUGAGAAUUGCUAGCACCAUGCUAACACAUACUUAACAUACAGUGAAGGCACAAAGACCUCUCUGUGUACCUUGUGAUAACAUGAGACACUGAUUAUGGCGAAUGAGCCUGUUAAUUGCCUUAAUAGGUGUGAAAUAAAGGUUGAGCAAAUUUAGACAAUGGUAACAAUUUAACAAAGAUGCCUCCUUAAUCUAAUCACUGAGUUCACUCUUCUCCUCUUAAAGUAAACACAGAUUAAAGUAAUAAGGGAGGAACACUUUGUUCUGAACAGAUUUCUGUAAUAAUAGAACCAAUACUGACAUUAUUAGCACGUUUUGAUACUGCUAUUUACUGCCAAAUUGCUCUAUUUUGUAAUAAUUAUAUUAAAAUCAGCCGUUGAUUUAUUACA